AUGACUGAAAUCGGUUUCUUUCCUCCGCCCCACUAUGCGCCGGGCGAGCAUAUCAUCUUCGAGAAGCCCGAGCACACCGAAUGGACCAUCAUCGCCAAGCUCUCCCAGCGAAAUUCCCAGAAAGAAGAGGUCGAUAUUCAAGCUGGGCUUGGACCCUCGUACGCCCUUGCGACCUUCCGUGUCCGCAGCGACCUAGAUAGCCAAGAAGCCUACAUGCGUGUCUAUCUGCAAGUUCCCAACAAGGGAACUGAAUUCUUCCCACCGGACGAGCGAGCCAAGCAGGCCGCUCCUAGCCACCACCGCGAGGUCGAAGCCAUAAAGGCCUUCUACAAGCAAGAGUCGACUAUUACGCCUGCUCUCCUUGCAAUCAAAGAGGAUAUCCAGGAUAAACAAGGAUUUAUCCCCGGGGGCUACGUUAUCCAUAUUGUAUUCCAACAUGUUCCUGGAGUUCGUCUCGCUGAGGACAGGCUUUUGCCUGGAUGGGGAGCCCCGCUUCAUACGUUCUUUCAAAAGUUCAACGACCUCCAGCGAGAGCAGAUUCGAAUGUGGUUUGAUAAGGAGUACCGCAAGCUGAUGGAGCUGGGAUGGGUGCCCUCCUUUCCCUGGGCAAGUAACUUGAUCUGGGACGCCAGUUUCUCGAAAUUGUACUUCGUCGACUUUAGAGAGGCUCGCAAGGCAGGAUCCCGCGACGAGGAUGUCGUUGACGAUGGCGAUGAGGAAGAGGAAGAGGAAGAGGUGCCUAUGUGUGAGAUUUGGGGGGCCUGGGGCCUCGCUAUUGCCCCUGAUAGUCCUAAGGAUCGAGCAGAUCUUUCCAAGUGGAAGCUCUAG